GUGAUUUCUCAACACUUCAUAAGUGGUUACAGGAUGGUUCACGAAAAGCAUCAUCCGGAUGAUGUAGAAGCGUGCAGGGAAAGUCAACACCAUGACAACGCUGAACAAGGCCCGACAUCUGCUUUUCAGCAGUUGGCUAUACUAGACCGCUUCCUUGCGGUCUGGAUAUUCCUUGCCAUGGCAGUGGGUAUUAUUCUGGGGAAUUUCGUCCCUAAUACGAGCAAAGCGCUAGAGAGGGGAAAGUUUGUGGGCGUUUCGGUGCCUAUUGCAAUCGGUCUGUUGGUCAUGAUGUAUCCCAUAUUGUGCAAGGUGAGGUUUGAAACGCUGCACCGAUCGUUUCGGGAAAAGGAUCUCUGGAUCCAGAUCGGUUUCAGUAUCGUCGUCAACUGGAUCAUAGCUCCUCUGUUUAUGCUUGGUCUGGCCUGGGCAUUCCUCCCUGAUGAAAGAGGUCUCCGAGAAGGUCUCAUCCUCGUCGGUAUUGCUCGAUGCAUCGCCAUGGUCCUCGUCUGGACGGGACUCGCAGGAGGGGACGGUGAAUACUGCGCAAUUCUGGUGGCCAUCAACUCGAUCCUGCAGAUGGUUUUGUUUGCACCAAUUGCAAUCCUCUUCAUCCGUAUCAUUGGUGGUGCGAACCAUGGCCUGACAAUCGACUAUUCACUGGCGGCAAAGAGCGUCGGCGUUUUCCUCGGUAUCCCCUUAGGAGCUGCGAUCGUCACUCGCUUCUCCCUCAGGUUCUUGAUCAGCAAGGAAUGGUACGAUAAGCAUUUUCUGAAGUGGAUCAGCCCGCUAUCCUUGAUCGGCCUGCUUUUCACAAUCUUGGUUCUAUUUGCGUCGCAGGGGAGACAUGUAGUCCACCAGAUUGUGUCCGUUAUCAGAGUAGCUGCCCCUCUGAUCGUGUACUUUGCUGUCAUUUUUGGUGUCACUCUCGCGGUGACGCGGCGCUUCGGUUUCGGGUAUAGAUUGUCCUGCACCCAAAGCUUCACGGCUGCGAGCAAUAACUUUGAACUUGCCAUCGCGGUAGCAAUAGCUACAUUCGGUGUGGACAGCGACCAGGCAUUGGCUGCCACGGUUGGGCCCCUCAUCGAAGUCCCGGUGCUGCUGGGGUUGGUGUAUGUGGUAAAGUGGUUUGCAAAAAGACAAAAGUGGGCACCAUAG